AUGUCAUCGUCGGACUCCGGGACCCGUCCUUUACACUCAAUCCAUUCACCCGUCAUAUUCUCAUACAGGGGUAGCACCUGGUCGUCAAUCAUCGGCCACCGGACUAUACGACACCUACUGAUGCUCACGAGGUCCUUUACACUCAAUCUGUUUGCCCGAUAUAUUCACAUACAGGGGCAGCACCUGGUCAUCAAUCAUAGGCCACCGGACUAUAUGACAAUAUAUAUCAUUGUCGGACUCCGGGACCCGUUUGACACCCUGUGCCCAACACUUCAAAAGUUCACUCAAAUCACUGGUCACUCUAAUCGACGUCCUUUACACUCAAUCCAUUCACCCGUCAUAUUCUCAUACAGGAGUAGCACCUGGUCAUCAAUCAUCGGCCACCAGACUAUACGACACCUACUGGUGCUCACG